AGCGGCGAGAAUUCUUGUUUCACGUUUAUUAAAAAAAUUUAAGUUGACUAUUGCGCAACAUUGGUGUCAUCGAGAGCUGACUGUCAUCGACAUUCUGUGAAAUAUAUCAAUAUUCUGAAUGCAAUGGGAAAACGGGAUCGUAAAGACGGUGAAUCCAAGAAGUCAAAGAAAUUCAGAACAGACUCCCCUGAAAUUGAAAAUGAUGACUCACAAGGACCUGAUGCUACGUUCAUUCCCAAGACCGCAAGUCGUCAGGUAGAGGAGCAGGACGAUGGGGAUGAGGAUGAGUUUGGAGCCAAAGAUUACCGCAGUCAGAUGGAACUCAAGAAGGACCAUGGUUCGAGACCCCUGUGGCUGGCCCCUGAUGGACAUAUCUUUUUAGAAUCCUUCUCACCAGUCUACAAACAUGCUCAUGACUUCCUUAUAGCUAUCUCGGAACCGGUAUGCCGACCAGAAAACAUCCAUGAGUACAAACUGACUGCAUACUCAUUGUAUGCGGCAGUGUCUGUCGGUCUCCAGACCAGUGACAUCAUAGAGUACCUGAGGAGACUUAGCAAGACUACCAUCCCCAAUGGCAUUGUGGAAUUCAUCAAGCUAUGUACUCUUAGCUAUGGUAAAGUAAAGCUGGUCCUGAAGCACAACAGAUACUUUGUUGAGAGUCCUUUCCCUGAUGUUUUGCAAAAGUUACUGAAGGAUUCAGUAGUACAGAAGUGUCGUCUGAGAUCAGAUGUUAACGAGGAAGAGAAUGAAGAUGGCUUUCUUGUGUCCCAGAGGGCAGCGGGAGGCUCAUCUGUACUCAAGUUGAAUGCUCCAAACUCCAAAGGCAAACCCAACGAAGGGACAGAUUCGCAGGAAACGGGAGGAGAAGGGGAAGAUGAAGCAGAGAAGAUCCCGACAGACAUCUUUGAUUUUUACGAUAAAAUAGAUAAGGAGGAUGAAGACGGGGAUGAUCUGACUGCCGUCUCGUUUGAGGUCAUUCAGGAUGAAAUUGAAAAUUUGCAAAAGAGAUGCAUCGAGUUAGAGUACCCUCUGUUAGCUGAAUAUGAUUUCAGGAACGACACAAGGAAUCCUGACCUCAGCAUUGAUUUGAAACCCACCACCGUCCUACGUCCAUACCAAGAGAAGAGUUUAAGAAAGAUGUUUGGCAAUGGCAGGGCCAGAUCAGGGGUCAUCGUACUUCCAUGUGGUGCUGGCAAGACAUUGGUCGGGGUAACUGCUGCUUGUACGGUCAGGAAGCGCUGCAUGGUGCUGUGUACGUCGGGAGUGGCUGUAGAGCAAUGGAGAUCACAGUUUAGGAUGUGGUCUACAGUAGACGAUGCCAUGAUCUGUAGGUUCACUUCAGAUGCUAAAGAUAAACCGAUGGGCUGCAGUAUCUGUAUCAGUACUUACUCCAUGGUAGCUCAUACUACAAAGAGAUCCUGGGAAGCAGAUCAGGUCAUGCAGUGGCUCCAGUCACAGGAAUGGGGGCUUAUGAUAUUAGAUGAGGUGCACACAAUCCCCGCCAAGCAGUUCCGUCGGGUCCUGACCCAGGUCCAGGCCCACUGCAAGCUGGGACUGACGGCUACCUUGGUCCGGGAGGACGACAAGAUCGCGGACCUGAACUUCCUGAUCGGACCCAAGCUCUACGAGGCUAACUGGAUGGAGCUGCAGAAUCGAGGUUUCAUCGCCAGGGUCCAGUGUGCUGAGGUCUGGUGUCCGAUGGCUCCGGAGUUCUUCAGGGAGUACCUGGCCAUCAGGACGAGGAGAAGAUUGUUGCUGUAUGUGAUGAACCCGAACAAGUUCCGUGCAUGCCAAUUCCUCGUGAGAUUCCAUGAGCAGCGGAACGAUAAAGUGAUCGUCUUCUCGGAUAACGUCUUUGCUCUCAAGCAUUAUGCCAUCGCCAUGGGGAAACCAUACAUCUAUGGACCUACGAGUCAGGGAGAGCGGAUGCAGAUUCUGCAGAACUUCCAACAUAAUCCUGCCGUCAAUACAAUCUUCAUCUCAAAAGUUGGUGAUAAUUCCUUUGAUCUCCCCGAGGCCAAUGUAUUAAUCCAGGUAUCAUCACACGGCGGUUCUAGAAGACAAGAAGCUCAGCGGUUAGGACGUAUUCUAAGAGCUAAGAAAGGAGCUGCGGCAGAGGAAUACAAUGCCUUCUUCUACACACUCGUGUCACAAGACACUCAGGAGAUGUUCUAUUCCCUCAAGAGACAAAGAUUCCUUGUCAAUCAAGGGUAUAGCUUCAAGACUAUCACCAAGCUAGCUGGAAUGGAUCAGGAGAACCUGAAGUACUCAACCAAGCAGGAGCAGCAACAGCUUCUACAGCAGGUACUAGCUGCUACUGAUGCAGACGCUGAAGAAGAAAAAGUACCUGGAGACAAUCUCAGAACAGGCUCUCAGGUUGUCCGACGUGUUGGUAACAUGAGUUCAAUGUCCGGUGCCGAUGAUCAAGUCUACAUGGAAUACCAGACAAAGUCCUCCAAGAGCGUUCAUCCGCUCUUCAAGAAAUUCAGGAGAUGAUGUGGCCCAACUAGAACUUCUAGUGAGGACAUUAAAAGAUAACCCUGUUAAGGACAGAUGAUGACUUCAAAGUAGGAAUCCAGGAGGGGAAUAUGGAUCUGUAUACAAGUUCUUUGAGGUUGCUCCAAGAUGGACAUGUUAAGAACAGAUAAUAUCUUCUUAGAAGGCAUUUAAGAGGGGAAUUUGGACCUGUAUACAAGUUCUUUGAGGUUACUCCAAGUUAGCCCUGUUAAGGACAGAUGUGUUCUGAGAAGGAAUUCACGAGAGGAAAAUGGACCUGUAUACAAAUUCGUUGAGGUUAUUCCAAGAUACACAUGUUGAGAACAGAUGAUAUUGUCUUCGAAUUAAUUCAGGAGGGGUUCCGGUCCAGUCUCCCAAGAUCUUUGAACCGCAAGCGAGGUUAUCCUGAGAUCUUAAGAACAAUUCAAGAUAUAUUUCUGUGAGCUUUGAACGAUAUAUCUUCAAGAACAGAUGAAUUCCUCUAUUUGUCCACUUUUCAAAAUGUUUGGAUGGUAGAUUCUGUGAACUACUAUUGAGUUCAUUGCAGAUCAACGUGCGAGGAACAGAUAAUAUCCUCUGAAAAUAUAAAUCCUAUCGUUCAGAAAGGACUGAUGCAUUCAACAAUGGUUACAGAUCUGUGAAGUACUAGUGAGGUUGGUCCAUGAUAACAGAUGAUGGAUGUCCUUUUAGAAUCUUUUCCCUCUCUCUUCACGAAACUCAUGAUUUUGGAAGUAUUUCACUUCUGCGAGCUACAAAUGAUGUUUAUGAGAAACCAUUGGAAGAUCAGUCUCUAUGAUGUGGAAAGCAUACUUUUUCCAUUGUAAAGAAAAGACUAAUCACAGAAAUGAAUAUUAACUGGCUCUCAUAUGAUUUUAUCACUUUGAGCAGUUAUUUCUGUGACAGGUAAAGGGUAGGUCCACCCCAAUAAAGCUUAGUGGAGAAAUUCCAUCAAAAUUUUAAAUUGUCUUAUUUUACAUCCAAAUUUGAUUACUUUUUCAGCAAUGUGCUUGAUAUUUUUUUUUAAUUUUUUCAAAGACAAAUCAACUUUUGUUUAGGUGAACUUGGACUUCAACUAUGAAGGAAAAGUCAGCUAAGUUUUGUUGUGGAAUGACACCAUUCGUAUGUCAAUCGCAUAGAGUUCAGAGUAGAACAAGGUUAUGACCAGCAGACAUUUUGGCCCAAAUUCAGAAAGGUGGUUUUGCAAACCAUUGGUUGAACCCAUGGUUUAUGCAGAUUUCCUGUAUAAUUUACACUUUAUUUACCAUG